GCGCCCCAGGGGCCGCUCAGGGCGGCGCUGCUCGCGCUGGUGGCGCUGGCAAGUCUGUUCGCUGGGUGGCCGCCGAGGAGCGGGCUGGCUACAAACCUGGAGACGAGAUCGGGCUGCAGCAGCCCGAGGCCGUUCUGGGCGACCGUGGCGUCUGCGAGCUCACCGACGGCACCGUGCUGGCUGUGGCCAAAGAGGGGACGCUGGAGAGCACCGCCACGCCACGGGCGGCAGCCGAGCAGGACUUGCGGACGCUUCCUGUCAGGUAUGACGCGCGUGGCGUCCGCGUCAGGGACUUCACCGAUGCGGUGGAUCGGAUGUCCUCGACCGCCAUGCCCGACUGGCCUAUCAAGGGCCCCCGCACGACCCUGUGGCUGGUGCAGCAGUUCAAGCGACUCGGUCAGACGCCCUUGCAGCGGCACCAGUGGUGGCGUCAGACUCAGAACCUCGCGGCAGCGGACGCAGGUGAGCUGGCAGUGUACGAGACGGUCGCGAGGCGCUACCAGCUCUGGGAGGAGAUCUACGCCAACAGGCUGCGCGAGCACGAGAGUGGUGCGCUGCGCAGCUCAGGGAGUUCGGCGUGGCUGGAUGAGCGCGAGAUCUUUCUUGGCCAGGAGCGGGGCAGAGGAGGAGCGCUCGUCUGCCCUGAGCUGCAGACCUGGGUGGCGGACCGCCUCCAGGCCGAGGCAGCGGUGCUCAAGGAGCGCCGCAAGGGUCGCGAGGAGAAGAUCCUGGCUCGCGGUGUCGGCCCGGGUGGAGGAGAUGACGACAGUGGAGCCCCUGCCAAGGCCAGGAGGCGGCAGGACCAGUGGCUUCUCGAGGGCAUCGCCUCCCUCAAUGAGCUGGGCGGGCAGGGGCGACAGGUGCCCAGCCACGCCCCGCUGACGGCGGCCCAACGUGUGGCCGUGCGGCGGCUGGCCUCGCUUUACGGCAAGUGGUCUCCGCCCGUUGAUCGUCCAAGUCCCCAUGCGGCAUGGUCGUUGCUGCAGGGUCUCAGGCCUGGCUACUCUGAAGCCGAGGCCGCAGGUGCUCGAACAGUCUACCAGCGGGGGAACAUCUCGCUUCCCAAGAUCGGUGCUGGCAAGGUCCCCCUCGUGGACGUCCUUCCUGCUGAUCUGCAAUCCAAGCUGGAGUCUGGGCACGGGCUGUUGCGUUCCCCUGAGGAGGCAGCAGCGCUAAUUCGUGAUGCAGGUGCUCCUCGCGCCAUGGACCCAAAGCUGGGCCGCCUGGGCUACGACUAUGGCCACGCGCUGGGCGAGCUCUUCGCCUCGGGGGUCAUCGAGUGCAGCUCAGAGCCGGUGCUCGAAGAGGCGGGCAUGUUCUUCGUCGCCCGCAAGGAUAAGCGGCUGCGUCUCAUCUGCGACACCAGGACGCCCAACAUGCACUUUACUGUUCCUAACCACACCGCCCUUGCGACGGGCGAGGCUCUCUCCUCACUGGAGGCGUCGGGGGUGAACUUCAUCGGCAUGAGUUCUGGAGAUGUUGACUGCUGUUUCUAUCAAUACUCACUUCCGCCCUGGUGUAGGCGCUACUUCAACCUGCCGACUAUUCAGAGUCGCUUCUUGCCGCUCGAGGUCAGGAACGCCUGUGGGUUGUCAGGGAAGAGCGGCCAGGUCCGUUUUCGUUUCAAGGUCGUGCCGAUGGGCUGGAACUGGGCCGUUCACUUCAUCCAGGAGGCUCACCUCCACAUCGUCAAGUCAGUUUUGCCGUCCCAGCCGUGGUGCGUGGACAAGCACCCGGGGAUAGACCUGAGCGUGGAGGACGCCAAGGUUUUGUAUAUCGACAAUUUCGCCGUGCUGUCUGCCUCGCCCCAGCGCGCUGCCCAGGCCGCCUAUGACAUGAAGGCGGCACUCGCGGCCAAGGGAGUGGUGUCCGAGUUGGACCCCCAGGCCAGCGAGGUGGGCGAGCUGCUCGGGUGCGAGCUUGACCUUCGCACAGGCUGCUGGCAGGUGUCUGGCCGCCGUCUGUGGCGCCUGUAUGGCGCGCUCGAACACCUUCUCUCCCGGAGAGUCAAGGUCUCGGGCCAGGAGCUGGAGCGCCUGAUUGGUCACAUCGUGGCAGCGUUCAUGCUGCGGCGUGAAGGUCUGGCUUUGCUUCAUUCUUCGUGCGAGUUCGUGCAGGCCUCCUACACCAAGCGGCAGCCCCUCUGGAAGAGCGUCCUCCGCGAGCUGGGCUGGGUCAAGGCGCUCCUGCCCUGCCUCCGGUCGGACACCAGACGGCCCUGGUCGGAGCUCGUCACGUGCUUCGACGCCUCCCCUUGGGGGUAUGGAGUCGUCGAGACCGAGUGGGGCCUGGGCGACGUGCAGCGCGUGGGGAGGGUGUCUGAGCGCGCCCGCUUCAGAGGCGUGCUCGCGACCGAGGGCGCGCCUCGCGAGAGGGCGUUCGAGCACGAGGUCGCCUGCGCGCCCGACCCCGCCCUGCUGCUCGUCGGGCGCGCCGCCCGCUUUCCGGAGGUCAGCCACAGCACGCUGCAGUCCAGGACCUGGCGAGUGGUAGGCUGCGGAAGGUGGAAGCGGAAGGAAGCGAUCCACGGGCUCGAGGGCGCCGCCCUCACCUGGGCCGUGAGGCGGGCCGGCAGAGAUGCGCGCCAGCACGGCGCCCGCAGGCUUUUUCUGGGCGAUAACAUGUCUCUCACCCUCGCGGCUGCAAAGGGUCGAGCGGCUAAUCAUCGUCUUCUGGGAGUCUGUCGUGUGCUGCUUGCUGUGGGUAUUGCCGCCGAUCUUAAGAUCCAGGUGAGGUGGAUUCCGUCCGAGUGGAACCCAAGUGAUGCACCCUCCCGUCGCUUUCAGCCCAAGCCUCGCGGCCCCGACGGGGUCCCCGCGGCUGCCGACGCCGGGCGGGAUGGAGGUGGCGACGCUGCAGGCAAAGCUGCCGACGCCGGCGAGCCCAGCGAGGCGGCCCCGCCCCCGCUCCGCCCUUCGCGAGCGGAGCUUGCGCAGGAGCCGUUCGCCCUGCAGCCGCACGGUGGAGCGCCUGACGGUGCAGCAGCCGCGGGGCAAUGGCAGCCCCCCUACGGGCCGCCCGCAGGCGCGGCCGCGGUGGCGCUCACCUCGUCGCCAGGCCCGCGCGGCAGGCGUCCCGGCGCUGGCUGGGCCAAGGAGCAGACGCGGCUUGCGGCGGCCAAGGUGCGCUUCGCCACGCAGCAGCUGUAUCUUGGAGCUGUCCUUGGUCUGGUUCGCUGGCUGUGUCUGGGCUGCCUCCCGGACUGGAGCCGCCAGACCUGGGACGAGACCCUCGCCGAGUACAUCGAGUCGAUCUACGACAGGGGGGGCUCGAAGGCGUCGACGCAGCGGCUGGCCCCGGCACUGUUGUGGGCGGAGCCCCACCUGCAUACGGCUGGUAUCCGCGAAGUCUUCCCGCUGACCCACCAGACGCUGCGAGGAUGGGGGGUGCUGGAGCCCUCCAAGUCCAGGCCGCCCGUGCCGUACCUCGUGAUGCUGGCGGCGGCAACCUGGCUGUGCCAAGCUGGAAAGCCGUUGAGCGCCCUCGCCAUCGUGAUAAUGUUCGAGACCUACAUGCGCCCGUCGGAGGUUCUGGCUUUGCGAGCCCGCCAGGUGGUGCUCCCCCUUCCGGAGGAAGGUGGCGCCUCAGCCUUUCUGACCUUUGUGGUGCGAGCAUCGGAGUACGAGGUCCCCACAAAGACCAACGAGUACGACCUCUCAGUGCCCCUCGACCUCCAGAGGCAACAGUGGCUGGUGAAGCCGAUCUCCUUCGUUCAAGCCCUUCGAGAGCCCGACGCGCUGUUCCUGGGCCUGAGCUACACAGAGCUGGCGGAGGACUUCCAGAGCGCGAUCGAGGCGCUGGAUGUGGGUGCACUCAGGCCCACCCUCUACUCCCUCCGGCAUGGAGGGGCCAGCCAGGACCGCAGCAUGGGCGUCAGAAGCUUAGGCGGCGUCCAGCAGCGCGGGGGAUGGAAGACGUUCAAGUCAGUGCUCAGGUACGAAAAGCAUGGCCGUCUGUCCCUCGAGCUUCGCAAGCUGUCGUCCAGGCAGCGCGAGGCCCUGCGAGCCAGAGGACAG